UUUUAUUUACCUUACUGUAGAUGGCAGAGGGAGACAAAAAGGCCGCCAAGACGGGACCCAAGAGGCACACCAGCCGGAACCCGGCCCUGGCCCGGGGGAUCGGUCGUUUCUCCCGUUCUGCCAUGAACACCAGGAGAGCUAUGUACAAGAGGAAGAUCAAGACUGUCGAGACCAAGAUUGAGAAGAAACUGAAGGAAAAGCCCCGUGCCACCAUCACAAAGACAGUUGGAGGAGACAAGAAUGGUGGCACUCGCGUUGUCAAACUGCGUAAAAUGCCCCGCUACUACCCAACAGAGGAUGUGCCCCGCAAACUGAAGAGCCACGGGAUUAAGCCCUUCAGCCAGCACAAGAGGAAGCUGCGCAAGUCCAUCUCCCCUGGAACCGUGGUCAUUCUCCUCACUGGUCGCCACCGCGGAAAGCGUGUCGUGUUCAUGAAGCAGCUCUCAAGUGGCCUGCUCCUUGUCACUGGUCCUCUUGCCCUGAACAGAGUCCCCCUGCGUAGGGCCCACCAGAAGUUUGUCAUCGCCACCAACACCAAGGUUGAUGUUUCUAGUGUCAAGAUCCCCAAGACUGUGACGGACGCAUACUUCAAGAAGACGAGGCUGAGGAAGCCUCGUCACCAGGAGGGAGAGAUCUUUGACACAGAGAAGGAGAAGUACCAGAUUACAGAGCAGAGGAAAGAGGACCAGAAGGCUGUGGACUCACAGCUCCUUCCCCUUAUCGGCAAGGUCCCUCAGCUGAAGGGAUACCUCCGCAAUGCUUUCUGCCUGUCCAAUGGCAUCUACCCACACAAGAUCGUUUUCUAAAUGUGUUAAUAAAAGAGUCGCAGUCGUAUGCCCCAAAGUGGAA